AUGGACAUUACGGGAUACGCUUUGGUAACCGGGGCCGGCAGUGGCAUUGGGCGAGCCUGCGCCUUGGCCUUUGCCCGCGAAGGCGCCGCUGGGGUGGCCUUUACCGACCUGAAUCUUGAGGCUGCCCAGCAGGCCGCCGAAGAAAGUAGGGCUCUCACCCAGCAAUCCUUCGGGACCAUUGACUACUUGGUCAACUCAGCCGGCAUUGGCGUCCAAGUGGCGGCGGAGAUUGCGGAAGCCUCCCUGACAGAAUUCAUUCGCUUCCUCGACGUCAACGUCACGGGCUCCUUUCUUCUCACCAAGUAUGUCUCGCGCACGAUGAAGCAGCAGGAAGCGCGCCUCGUCUGCGCUCGCAAUGUCCAGCGCGGUUUCACGCGCGGAGUGAUUCUCAACAUGGCAUCCUGUGCCUCCUUUGUCGCGACCCCCGCUUUAACGCAAUACACCACGUCCAAGCAUGCGGUGCUAGGACUGACCCGGAAUGCUGCCCUAGAUAACGCCAAAUACGGGAUUCGCGUGAACUGCCUCUGUCCGUCGUGGGUCGACACCCCGAUGGUCGAUCGUGCCGUGAAAGACAAUCCCGACCUCGGGGCGUUGAUCGCCCAGUCUGUGCCCAUGGGGCGGAUUGCACAGGUGGACGAGAUCACCGACCUGAUUCUGUUCCUAUGCAGCCCGCGGGCCAGUUAUGUCACGGGGAGCAGCUGGAUUGUUGAUGGCGGAACUACCCUCUGUAGCCAUGUUUGA